AGUUGUGCAUGUAUCAUAUAUGUGUGUAGUUUUGAGUGUUGAUCAUACAAAACAUCACUUUAUCAUCUGUUCACAUCGUUUUCUUUCUCCAGGAGAUGUGUGAUGUUUUGCAUGUUGACUUGUCGCUUUAGAAACUUAAACUUAAAAAACAGUCGCAUGUAAAGAUGAAAAGUAAAAUCGAUGAUGGCUGUAGUCUGAUAUCGAUUGAUCGCACUUUCACGUGAGCGCGCGUUCAUAGUUCAUUCGUUUCUGUUGAUGUGAACGCGCCGCGCGUCACAGGUUUCAGCAGAGAUGGAGUUUCUCAUCGGCGGUCCGUUCUCGUCUUCUGUCGGCCAGAGGAUUCAAAAAGCCACAAGCGCUGCCCUGCAGGCAGAGGACUGGAGUCUUAACCUGGAGAUCUGUGACAUCAUCAAUGAGACGGAGGACGGACCCAAAGAGGCAGUGAAAGCUUUAAAGAAGAGGAUUGUGGGUAAUAAGAACUUCAGGGAAGUGAUGUUGGCUCUGACAGUUCUUGAGACGUGUGUGAAAAACUGUGGCCGUCGCUUUCAUAUGUGUGUGUGUAGUAAAGAGUUUGUGGAGGGCGUUUUGGUCCGAGCAAUAUUACCCAAGAACAACCCACCCAUGAUCUUACAGGACAGAGUGCUGAGCUUCAUUCAGGCGUGGGCCGCUGCCUUCCGGAACGUUCCGUCUCUUUCUGGAGUUGUAAUAGUGUAUGAAGAUUUGAGGCGGAGAGGACUGGAGUUCCCCAUGACGGAUCUGGACUCUCUAUCUCCCAUCCACACGCCCAACAGAAGUGUUCCAGAGAACGGCUCUGCCUCCGGUACAGACCCCCCGUCACAACACUCUCCACAGAGCCCUGAUACACCUGCACAGAAUCAGAAACUGAGAUCAGAGCUGGAUCUUGUCAAAGGUAAUCUGACCGUCAUGACGGAGAUGUUAAAUCAACUGAAACCAGGAGAAACCUCUGCAUCAGACGCUGAACUACUACAGGUGUGUGUGUGCGUGCGUGUUCACCUUUCUCAUAGUUUUUUGUUAUAUUUGUUGUUCUUGAAGACACGUGUGUGUGUGUGUGUGUGUGUGUGUGUGAGAGAGCAGCAGUUGUUUUUAGUGUGUAAGCAGAUGCAGCAGAGGGUUGUGGAGCUGAUUCCUAAUCUCUCAGAGGAGGAGAUGACCGCUGAACUUCUGCUGCUGAAUGAUGAUCUGAACAACAUCUUCAUUAGAUAUGAGAGGUUUGAUCGAUUGAAUAAGAUGCAAAGAGGAGACGCAGAACAUCUGGAGUCACAGAAUGAUAAAGGAAACCUUAUCGAUCUUAGUCCUGUGUCACCAUCAACCAAUCAGAAUACAGCUUCAGCUGUCAAUCAACAUGCAGCUCACAUUCUGCCCCCCCACACAAACAGUUCAAUGCAUGCAGAUGAGGAGUUCGAUAUGUUUGCUCAAACCAGAAGCAGCUCUCUGGCAGAACAGAGAAAGAGUGUGAGGUAUGAGGAUCCUGGAGCGGUGGAAGGUCUGGCUGAAGCACUGGACACACGGCUGCAGGUCACCGCAGGGGACGCGGACAGCAGCUGGGUCCGUCAGUCUCAAUGGAUUUACUCUGAGAAUCUGACUCCAGCUCCACACAGCUCUGUUAUGGAGGAUAUUGAAAGCUGGCUGUCCACAGAAUCGCCGGAUGUUGAAGAUGGCGAGGGUGUGACCAGUGAAGAGUUUGACAAGUUUUUAGCAAACCGAGCGAAAGCUGCUGAUCAUCUUCCUGCUAUGAAUCAAACCUCAUCUGCUCGUGUCAGUCACAUGACUCCCCCGCAGCCAACCAGCGAACAGGAUCAAAAACACAACCAGCUCUUCUCGCUCUGAGGUUCUCCUCAUCAUCUACACAAGAUCACCUGCUACAGUGGGAUGUGAUGUUGUCACAUUAUCUGUGUGUUUCUAAUAUUUCAAUCAAUAUUUUCAGUAUGUUAGAACCCAUGAGCCGGUUGUUUUCUGUGUGCACUGAAUCUUUUAUUGAAUGUAUGUGUGUAAAAAGCACUAAUGAAUGUUGUAAAUGAACCAUGAAAAAUAACUCUUGAUAUCUGUCUGCUGUCAAACCUCGACUGUUCAUAUGAAUAAACAUACACUGUAAUAGC